AUGGGCAGCACCAUGGAGCCCCCCGGGGGUGGGUACCUGCACCUAGGCGCUGUGACGUCCCCCGUGGGCACGGCCCGAGUGCUGCAGCUGGCCUUUGGCUGCACCACCUUCAGCUUGGUGGCCCACCGGGGCGGCUUCGCGGGCGUCCAGGGCGCCUUCUGCAUGGCUGCGUGGGGCUUCUGCUUCGCCCUCUCCGGCCUCGUGCUGGCCUGUGAGUUCACCCGGCUGCACAGCUGCCUGCACCUGUCCUGGGGCAACUUCACCGCGGCCUUCGCCAUGCUGGCCACGCUGCUGUCCGCUACGGCCGCCGUCAUCUACCCCCUGUACUUCACCCGGCUGGAGUGCCCCCCCGAGCCUGCGGGCUGCGCAGCCAGGGACUUCCGCCUGGCCGCCAGCGUCUUUGCCGGGCUCCUCUUCCUGGCCUACGCUGCGGAGGUAGCCCUGACCCGGGCCCGGCCGGGCCAGGUGGCCAGCUACAUGGCCACGGUCUCGGGGCUCCUCAAGAUCGUCCAGGCGUUCGUGGCCUGCAUCAUCUUCGGGGCGCUCGUCCAUGACAGCCGCUACGGGCGCUACGUGGCCACCCAGUGGUGCGUGGCCGUCUACAGCCUGUGCUUCCUGGCCACGGUGGCUGUGGUGGCCCUGAGCGUGACGGGCCACACGGGGGGCCUGGGCUGCCCCUUCGACCGUCUGGUGGUGGUGUACACCUUCCUGGCCGUGCUCCUCUACCUCAGCGCAGCUGUGAUCUGGCCCGUCUUCUGUUUCGACCCCAAGUAUGGUGAGCCUGGGCGGCCCCCCGACUGUCCCCGAGGCAGCUGCUCCUGGGACAGCCAGCUGGUGGUGGCCACCUUCACCUACGUCAACCUGCUCCUGUACAUCGCCGACCUCGCCUACUCCCAGAGGAUCCGCUUCGUGCCCACCCUGUAG